UUCAAAACGGACUGAGUUAGUUUUAAUCCAACGCUCAAAAUGGACAGUCGUCAAGGAAAGAUAAUUGGUUGGUUCGGUGUUGUUAUGAACCUACUAUGUUUGUUUGCAUUUGAAUUUGCUGGUAUAGCCAAUAGACAGAUCGCUGGAUCUUUUGUAUUCAAUUUAGUGGCUUGCAUCAUUUGGCUGGUUGGACUGGGAAUGAACUUUAUGAUGCUUUUGAUAAUCGCAUUGUUUGGAUGGGCGAUACCUUUGGUUAUUUGGGUGUAUUACAUAUCAUUCACAGCACACAACAUAUUUUCGGGUGAAACGGAAUUUUUUUACUUGCAUAGAGAGAACGAAACUCGAGAUUUUUGGAGCGGAGUUUUCAUUUUGGUGUUCAGUUCCGUUUAUGAUUUCAUUGCAUUGAAACAUUAUCUAAAACUUAAAAGUGCUCCAACUCUAACCCAAGAAUUUACACCAAGCUUAAAUGUUGCCUACGAACCAACAACAAACGGAAAUUGUGCGAUUAAUAAAGCAUGACUUCAAGGAGUAUAGAAGAAAAACACACAUUUCAAGCAAUCACUUGUUUUCGUAACAUCAAAAUUAACAGUAUACAGUGAUGAAUAAAAAUAAGCUGAACAUUUUUGUACAUCUUGGCUUGAACUUUUGUUGAAAGAAUAAAAAAAUAAUAAUUUUAAAAUCUUUAAAAAGAA